ACCAGCCCGAAACUCGUCUUGGGUAGGCAACACUCUUUCUGCACUUCGUUGAAACAGCGCAGACGCUUUUGGGGGCCACUGGGACCGGCUUGAACAACUGAAAGUUUAAAUCUGGAUACAAUUUUUCUCUAAAAUGCCCCCGCAAUCCGAUGAUAAGCGCCAGGCUGCUCGCGAGGUUAUUGACAUUCUUCACGAGAUCUCAACCCUCCUUAACACGAACUUGGAUCGGACUGAACUUUCUCUCUGCGUGUCUUUGAUCGAGAAUGGAGUCAAUCCUGAUGCUCUCGCGACUGUAAUCAAGGAUUUGAGGAGGGAAGGAGAAGCGACUUCACGCGCCCCCCCAAACGAGUCGCCGGAGUGAUUACCCUGC